UGUAAACAGACAACAAAAUAGAAAUAACUAUUCAACGACUCUCUGCCUGAAUCUUUCUUUUUUAUCUUCCCUGUCUCUCUAUCUCUUGCUCUGUCAUUUCUUCCUUGCUCUCUAGGUUUUCGAAUCACACCAUAAAUAUGACAGCGAAAGCAUAAAUUGUAAAAUCUGGCAGAAGGGAUUGAAGUUUGGGGCGAUUGGGUUUCCAUUUCUGCGGUCGUGGUGGUGGUGGUGGUGGUAGGGUCGCGAUGAGAGAGCUGGGUGCCGACCUCUUCGAGCCCCGGACGCUGAUGGACUCCGAUUUCUCUCCGACGAGAACUAGUGGCUCCUCCGCCGAUUCUGACUUUGGAUUUGCUUUCAACGAUCGGAAUUUCUCCGAUAGGGUCCUGAAGAUUGAGAUAAUCCCCGAUUUGCCCGACACCAAAUCAGACGGUGAUGGUUGCAUCACCUUAGCCGAGUGGGCCCGUAACCGGAAGCGCCGGAGGGAGGAGAUUAAGAAGGAAAACGACGUGUUUGGUUUCCUUCCUUCUGGGGAUGUUGGCAGUGGCUGAAGUUAUUGGGCAAAGCGCAGAGCAAGUUCUAAACUUGAAUGUGCCAGAUGUAGAGGAAACUUUGGCUUAUGAUAACCAGGAUGAAGAAGUUGUGGCAAUGAUAGAGGAAUCGGCUGCAGACGGCGGAUUGAAUUUGAACGAACAAGGUGAUGAUGCCCCUACUGGCAGUGAAUCUGGCUGGAGCAUGGACUGUUCAGCUGUAGUUAGAGUUAAUACUAUACACAUUAGUUCACCUAUAUUAGCGGCUAAGAGUCCAUUCUUCUACAAGUUGUUUUCGAAUGGGAUGAGAGAGUCGGAUCAACGGCAUGUAACACUUCGAAUACAUGAAUCUGAAGAAGCAGCCCUAAUGGAACUCCUCAAUUUUAUGUAUAGCAAUACAUUAUCUUCAACAACCCCUACUGCUUUGUUGGAUGUAUUGAUGGCUGCCGACAAGUUUGAAGUUGUGUCGUGUAUGAGAUACUGUAGUAGGUUACUUAGAAACUUGCCUAUGACUAGUGAGUCCGCGUUGCUCUACUUGGACCUUCCAUCUACUGUGCUAAUGGCUGAAGCAGUUCAGCCACUUACUGAUGCUGCAAAGCAAUUUCUUGCUGGACGUUACAAGGAUAUGUCUAAGUUCCAAGAUGAGGUUCUUAACUUGCCACUAGCUGGAAUUGAGGCGGUAUUAGCCAGUGAUGAUCUCCAAGUAGCUUCAGAGGAUGCUGUUUAUGAUUUCGUACUUAAGUGGGCCCGCAUUCAGUAUCCCAGAUUAGAGGAACGUCGGGAUGUCCUGGGAACCCGUCUUGUCCGAUUAAUUCGUUUUGCAUUCAUGACGUGCCGAAAGCUGAGGAAGGUCCUGACAUGUAAUGACUUUGAUCAUGAUGUGGCAUCCAAGGUUGUUCUGGAUGCUCUUUUUUUUAAAGGUGAGACGCCAUAUAGGCAGCGCGCUCUUGCUUUAGAAGAGGCCAAUGCUCCCUAUCGCCGCCUUGUGGAGAGAUCGUACAAGUACCGACCCGUUAAGGUGGUGGAGUUUGAUCUUCCACGCCAGCAAUGUGUGGUCUAUCUUGACCUAAAACGUGACGAGUGUACACAUCUGUUCCCAGCUGGCAGGGUCUACUCUCAAGCCUUUCACCUUGGCGGGCAAGGGUUUUUCUUGUCUGCACACUGCAAUAUGGACCAACAGAGCUCUUUCCACUGCUUUGGACUGUUUUUAGGGAUGCAGGAGAAAGGAUCAGUGAGCUUUGCUGUUGAUUAUGAGUUUGCUGCUAGGUCAAAGCCGACAGAUGAGUUUGUGAGCAAGUAUAAGGGAAACUACACUUUCACAGGAGGGAAGGCUGUUGGAUAUAGGAACCUGUUUGGUGUUCCAUGGGAGGCAUUCAUGGCCGAGGACAGCCCUUUCUUCAUCAAUAGUAUUCUGCAUCUUAGGGCUGAGUUGACCAUAAGGCAGUGAGAAUUUUGAGAAAAUGAUCAUUGCUCUUGUGGUUUGACUGUUUCCUUCAUAUAGGUUUUUCUACGUGCUCGGCAGAGAACUAGGUAGAUUUGAGCAGCUGGUCUUGACUACCUAUGUUGAUUCCAGCCAAUGUGGCCUACUUUGUGUUGUAAGAAAAUCUUGGGUAGGCGGCUAACGACGACAUGCUGUUUUUGAUCUCCAAAGAUGUAGCCAAACAUGAUGAAAUGGAAUUAAGAGCUCCUUGGAUAAAAUUAUAAGCCUCUGCAUUUUCUGUAAUGCUGAAGUGUUGCUGCAAUCAUCUAAAAAGAAGAAACAACUUCUGCUGUUUAUUUCACUUGUCUGCUGCCAUGGUUGUGGAUCCUCUGUACUGUGUUUACUUUUGUAGUUCCAUCAUUGUCAGUUAGUGAAAAAGAACCAUGCUUUCUAAAAGAGGGGGCAAAAUAAUAGAACUUUUCUCAUCUACAACAAUCAUAUAAUGAUGGACCAUAUGCAUUUACUUAGUGCAGAAGCAGAACUGACAAUUACUCUGCCGAAUCUCCAUUCCCUUUCUUUGUAUGUGUGUUUUAACAGGCUGCAGAUACUUCUGAAUACUUUGAUCAAUCUCUCUAUCCACUAGAAACCUAAUGAAGGUGUUCAAAUGGUGAAAAGAACAUUGGGAUCUUUCCAGUCAUGCCGUGUGUGGAAAUGCUGCCGAGGCAGAGCAAUUACCGGCCAUGAUUGGGAUUGGGAGAACCAAUGGGAGAAAGAUAGCUAAGCUUUUCCCUCAACUUCUGAUUGGACUUCCCCUGGACUCACAAGUCAACUGCAACGGCUUCUUCUUCUUCUUCUUCUUUAGGACCCCACAGUGGGCAUGCUUGGCAAAACAUCAUAAUUCAUCAAAAUUGGUUUCCUAAUGCAGCUUUUGAAGGGGCAGAAUGAAUUAUUGAGCAUAAUGACUUUUAAGGGGGGUGAAUA